CGGAAGGCAAAACACUGCGACAAUGGACGGGAAAAAGAUAAGUUUCGCAUUUGCUAAAAACACAAAAAAGCCAUCUCUACUGGCCGGUCCGGCGUCGAGCGUUUCGCUGAAGAAGGACGACUCGAAACAGAUGAUUGAUUGUCUGGAGGAACAAUCGAUCAAAAUCAUUGGGAAAACUGAAAAAGAACCAGCACCGUUAGUGAUACCGUUGCGAGAGCAGGAUAAAACAACGAUUCCGGAUCGGUUAGCGAAAGUGCUCGGGAUCAAGCAGGAAAUACACAAGCUAAACAACGGACAACAACUUUCGGUCAGUACCGACGAUACAAAUGGAGAAAGCAAGAAUGAGAUUAAUGUGAAACUUGAACCACCGGAGGAGCGUGAAGUGAAUGUUGUGCACGAACCGCCCAAAACUGAAACGCUCGAGCAGCGGGCCACCCGAGAGAUUCUAGAAGACAUACAACAAUCGAAUGUAAAUAGUGAACAAUCCAGUAACUUUGUAGUGCCACUACUACCGGAAGAUCUUCCGCUCGAUGGUGCGCGCGAAAGUUCGAUGGAUGACUACGAGUCGGUGCCGAUUGCAAAAUUUGGCCUGGCGAUGCUGCGCGGCAUGGGCUGGAAAGAUCCGGAUCCGAAGAAAGUGGACCCAAAAGCGGCCGGUCCCGAUUUGGGGCCCGCGAUGCGCCCGAAGGGUCUCGGACUGGGUGCUGAUCGUGCGAUGAAAGCGAAAGCCAUCAAUGCGCAUUUGAUACCCCCGGCGCAAGGCGAAACGCUGGUCAUGAAGUGCGGUGCCCAGGUGAAGGUGUUGGCCGGCAAGCAUAAAAACGCUUACGGAACGGUCGAAAGCAUCGACGAGGAAACGAGCCGUGUGAUCGUGAAGUUUGCGCUCGGCGGAGCAAAGGAAUGGCUAAACGAGUACAUGGUCAUGCUGGUCUCGAAGCAGGAGUACAAUCAGUACGCCAAAAUUCUAAAUGCCGCCAAGUACGAAGAAUUUAAGAACCGCGAAAAGCUAGAGGCGGAUGAGGCGGAGCGAACGAGCAGCAAAGCUGACCGCCUAGAGCGGUCCCAACGAGGUUCACCCAACGAGAGGAGAUCUCGGGAUUGCGAUCGCAAGGAUCGCUCCGUGGAAAGCUACCGAGAGGAUCGAGAGCACCCGACCGAACGGUCACUGUCACAGCGUACCGAUCGUGAGCGCGAAGAACGUUACGCUAGUCCAGUCGGCGGUAACGAUCAACGACCGGACGGCGGAAGCACAUCCGAUAGUGACGAUGAACGGAACCGCCACCGGAGGAAGCAUAAGAAAGCGUCCUCCUCGUACGUUCGGACGUCGUCGGGCACGAAAAAGAAAUCACACAAAUACAAGCAACGUCGCGAGCGGAGGGAAGAGCGUGAUGAUUCGUCCUACGGCCGGCGUGACCAGCGGCGGCAAGGCUCGGACUCGGAGUCGGACGGUAAGCACCAUAAGAAAAAGACCAAGAAAAGCAAAAAACCCCGGAGCCGGUCGCGCAGUCGACGCUAG